AUGAUCCGGCCGCUGUUCCUCCGUGCGGCGGCACGGGCGAGGAGAAGGGUUCAGUUCGGGAGGGUUGGGUAUAGAUGUGUUUCUGGGAAGAGGGGGUUUUCGAGUACGGGAGAGAGGAGGGCGGAGGUUGAGCUUACUGUUGAUGGGAAGAAGGUUUCGAUUGAAGCUGGUUCCGCUUUAAUUCAAGCUUGUGAGAAGGCUGGCGUUACAAUUCCAAGAUAUUGCUAUCACGAGAAACUAUUGAUUGCAGGAAACUGCCGAAUGUGUUUAGUCGAGGUCGAACGAGCUCCCAAACCGGUAGCAUCAUGUGCAUGGCCAGUCCAGCCGGGAAUGGUCGUCAAGACAAACUCCCCCAUCACACACAAAGCAAGAGAAGGCGUCAUGGAAUUCCUUCUCGCAAACCACCCCCUGGACUGCCCAAUCUGCGACCAGGGCGGAGAAUGCGAUCUGCAAGAUCAGUCGAUGAGAUAUGGUGCUGACCGUGGUCGGUUCCACGAAAUAGGCGGCAAGCGCGCCGUGGAGGACAAGAAUAUCGGACCCUUGAUCAAGACCUCGAUGAACAGAUGCAUCCACUGCACACGCUGUGUUCGAUUUGCAAAUGACAUUGCUGGUGCCCCUGAGCUGGGAACGACGGGCCGAGGAAACGAGAUGCAGAUCGGCACGUAUUUGGAAAAGAAUUUGGAUUCGGAAUUAUCUGGCAACGUUAUCGAUUUGUGUCCUGUUGGUGCAUUGACGUCGAAACCAUAUGCUUUCCGCGCACGACCAUGGGAACUGCAACAUACCGAAUCCAUCGAUGUGCUGGACGCCCUUGGAUCGAAUAUCCGAAUCGACGCCCGCGGAAUGGAAGUCAUGCGCAUCCUUCCAAGGUUAAACGACGACGUCAACGAGGAAUGGAUCAACGACAAAACCCGCUUCGCCUGUGACGGCCUGCGCACCCAACGCCUUACCACCCCACUAGUCCGCCGCGACAACAAAUUCCACCCCGUAACCUGGGAACAGGCCCUGACCGAAAUCGGCAACGUCUUCCGCACCCUCUCCCUGCAAGCCAACGAAUUCAAAGCCAUAGCUGGCCACCUCAUCGAAAUCGAAUCCCUCGUCGCCAUGAAAGAUCUCGCGAACAGGCUCAACUCCGACAAUCUGGCCCUUGACCAGCCCAACGGCAACCUCCCGCUCGCCCACGGCAUAGACGUCCGCUCAAACUACCUCUUCAAUUCCAAAAUCUACGGCAUCGAAGAAGCAGACGCCAUCCUGCUCGUCGCCACGAAUCCGCGCCACGAAGCCGCCGUCCUCAACGCCCGCAUCCGCAAACAGUUCCUCCGCACAGACCUGCAGGUCGCCCUUGUCGGCGAGGAAUUCGACAGCACCUUCGCCUACAAUCACCUCGGCAACUCUCUCAAGGACCUCAAGGCCGCGCUCGCGGGCGCCUUCGGCAAGACCCUGGCCUCCGCCAAGCGGCCAAUGAUCAUCCUUGGCUCCGCCGCGGCCGAGCACCCGGAUGCGCGCGCCAUCUUCGAAACGGGAUGGGAAGAGCGGGGAGGUGAGAAGUGGGAAGAGUGGGGAGGGGUUCAGGAGGGUUGUGGAGGAUUUUUAUUUUACGGAUGUUAUUUCGAGGAGCUCUCCGACGAUGGCACGCUGCUCCGCGGCCAAGAGGACGGGAAAUCCAGAUACCAACUUCAUGAUCGGAAGUGCGGUGGAGGAACAGGAACGUAUGAGCGGUGCAUCAAGCGCUUAAAAUAG